AACAAGAGUCGUGUGCCCAAUAAUUGACGUUAUCUCAGAUGAAACGUUUGAGUAUGUGACGGCUUCAGAUAUGACUUGGGGCGGCUUCAACUGGAAAUUGAACUUCAGAUGGUAUCGCGUUCCUCAACGAGAGAUGGAAAGGAGAGGAGGUGACCGCACACAGCCACUAAGAACUCCAACUAUGGCAGGUGGUUUGUUCUCCAUUGAUAAGGAAUACUUCGAGAAAAUUGGACGCUACGAUGAAGGAAUGGAUAUCUGAGGAGAGAACUUGGAAAUGUCCUUCAGGAUUUGGCAGUGUGGAGGCACCCUUGAAAUCAUCCCCUGCUCACAUGUGGGUCACGUGUUCCGUGACAAGUCUCCCUACUCAUUCCCUGGGGGUGUGGUCAACGUCGUCAUGAAGAACUCUGCCCGUGUGGCUGAAGUCUGGAUGGACGAGUGGAGAGACUUUUUCUUUGAGAUGAACCCAGGCGCACGAAGUGUUGAUUAUGGUGAUGUCAGCCCACGGAGAAAGUUGCGAGAAGACCUGAAGUGCAAGAGCUGAUGGUUCCUGGAAAACAUUUACCAGUCUCAGAUGCCUCUUGAUUACUAUUAUUUGGGAGAGAUUCGCAAUGUAGACACACAGAGCUGCUUGGACACUUUAGGUCGCAAGAGUGGGGAGAACCUUGGCACCAGCUACUGCCAUGGUCUCGGAGGCAACCAGGUAUUUGCGUACACAAAACGGCAGCAGGUUAUGUCAGAUGAUAACUGCUUAGAUGCUUCCAAUCCAAGUGGGCCUGUUAAGCUUGUCCGGUGCCAUGGUAUGGGUGGAAACCAGAUGUGGACCUAUAAUGAUCAGGAUGGAUCACUCCGACAUGUUAAUUCUGGGAGAUGUCUACAAAAGCCUGAUGCCCGUGAUGUCACUUUACCUGUCUUGAGGCCAUGUGAUGGAUCAGCAGGUCAACAAUGGGUUAUGAAAGGCUCCUUCAAGUGGCAGGCUAACUGAGUGUAUGUCAUGACUGUUAUUUCAGAUGGUUACUGAAUUUCCCAGUAAUUCAUCUAUAUUGUACAUUAGCGGACUGAGUAGUAGCUGACUGUGAAAUGCCUACACAUUUUCAAUUUACAGGGUAAAAUUUGUGAACUGUAUUUUGAAAUGUUGUAUGUGCUUUGUAUCCUUUGGGUAUACAAUCAUUAAAAAAAAAGAUAUGUAAAACUAUGACGUACUAUGAACUUGUGUAUUUAAAAUGUGUAUCUUUAUGGAGAUUCAUGGUAUAUCAGUAGAUAAUGCUUUAAAUUAUAUGAUGUGAAAUAUAGGUAAAUUUCUACUGGUUGUGAAUAAUGGACCAGCUACUUAAAGAGCUCAAGGUCUGUUUUUCCAAGAUCUUGGACUAUGGACAGAUAUACCAUCCAUAAUGAAGCUAACAUUGUUUCAUCUUUUGUACUUAAUACACUUUUGAUUAAUGAAAGAGACUUACACAUAGUGAUGGUUAUACUAUCUAAUUCUCUGGGCAUGGCAGAAAGAUUUACUUCUUAAGAAAUUAAUGUAUAAAACUAAAAAUUGUAUUUGUUCUUUCUGGAUUAGCAAAUGAUAAAAUAUAAUACCACGGAGUGGGGUUAUAUGUAAAGUUUGAGAAAAUUAAUUUUUUCAAGUAUGAAGUUUUGUUAAGAUUUGAUUGCAAAAGGAACGGAUAAAAGCAGUCUUAUAUUCCUGCCAAAAUAUAGAAAGAUUAUAAUACAUAGGUUCAAAGAAGAAAACUAUUUUGUGAGCUAGAAAUUAAUAUUACAUAAAUAUGAUGAUCAAUAUGGCAAUUAGUGUAAACAUACAUUGCAUGUUGUACCAAUAUUGAAAAUAUCUACAGAUACAGUGAAGUAUGUAUAUAUAAUGUAAAUAUGAUAUUAUCCUGUAACUUCCAUAGUUAUAUCUUCCUGUAUUUUCUGUCCAGGUAAGAAUGUGUAACUAGUGCCUUCUAAGAAAGCCAGAGAAGGUUUUGUGUUGUAAUGGAAAACCUGGCAUAUAAAAUAGGACUAUACCAUAGGAGUUGGUGUUGAUGGCCAUUCAUAUUAGUAGGAAAAGGUGCUGAGUAUUUUUUUUAAACCACAAAAAUCCAAUAAAAUUCAUUUGGCAGUAGGUCACACCAGUUGUGAUUUAUGGGACUAAAAUUGUAUAGUAAAAUGGAUUGUCAACUUCCCAAGAUUUAUAACACUAGACUUUUCACUUUAAAAUUAAAAGACUUGUGAUUUAUCUUUAAUAGAUCUCCUUUCAUUAGCAUUCAAAUUACAGUGAUGUGUAAUAUAUAUUCAUGAACUUAGAGAUAUUUUUGACAGUUUGAUUUAAUGUGACGUAUAGAUUUCAUUUUAUUAUUUUUAAUACAAAGCAAGAGUUUAUGAUCAAAUAAGGCUUUGUAUAUGAUCAGUAGAGAAUAAGAACAAAAAAUAUAUAAAGAUCUUCCAUAAAUUAGGUGUAACUGAAAAUAUAAGAACUACUUGAGUUUAUAAAGUGCGCUCAGUGAAUUCUAAACCUCUUUGAAGCCAAAUUUGUGAACAAUAUUUCCAACAAAAUGUAAUUACUGUUUAAGAGGUUAAAUUGUAUGAUUAGUAUGCUCAAUGAACUUGAAUCUUUAUGUUAAGCAGAUUUUUUUGUGCUAUCAUGAAGAAACUGUGAUAAUUGCACAAAAUUUAUCACUGCAUAAGAUUGGUACUGUCAAUUAGGGUAAUUAUUUAAAAAUUGCAUACAGAGAAGCUCAUAUUAUGGUAUUUAAUGUAUCAAAAUUGGGAUAUGGUAAAUAUAAUCAAUGAAAACGGCUAUACAACUCCAUUGUUUUGCAAGAACAUCAGACCUUUAAAGUGAAGUGAUCUAUACUUAAUUGCCACUAAUGAGCCAUUUAGAAAUUUGUGCAGAAUAAAUUAAGGAGUAAAAAUAUAUUACAUUACCACGAUGUGAAUUCUCAGUAUGUUGAAGAGUUUUCUCGUGUCAUAAGAAAUUUGUUUAUUUCUCAGGUUACUAUUUUGAAUGAUAAGUAGACUUAGUCAGGUUAACGAUGCUGAAACAAACAAGACAACAUAUUAAGAAAGUACUUGUGUAACUGACUUUUUUAUUACAGAACCUAAACAAUGAAGGAUAAUAUUGCUAUUUUAACCCAUGGAAAGAAAAGUAUAGGAUUGUGAAAUUGAAUUGAUAAAUGUAUUUGUGAAAUGAGGAAAAAAGGUGAAAAAAUGUUGAAAGUUAACCCAAACUUCAUUGAUUGUCAACUAUGAAUACAUGAUUAUUUAUUAUUGUUAUCAUUCUUGUCUUGUUGAAAAGUCAUGAUGGUGUGACAAUGGUUGUGAUUUUUUUGUGUGCAUUUUUUUCUUCAUUUGCGGUGGUGGGACUAGUCUUCUUUUUUUCUCUUUUCUGUUGUGAAGUAAUUAGAUAAUAUUUUUCAUGGGUAUGGAAAGGUCUUGAAAGAGAAUCUGUAGAGAGGGAUCUGAAUGUUCUGACUUGUAAUACUUUUCAUGAAAUCGAUUCACUAGGUCCAUCAUCAUCUAGACAAGUGUUUUUUAGUCAUGAUUCAUCCAUCAAUAUCAUAAGAAAAAAAUCUUGACCAUAUUGGGUUAGCCUGAAUUAUUCCUUGUGCCAAGAUUCUCAGUAAAAAAAAAAAAAAAA